UGAUUGGUUAAGCUCACUGUCCACUCAGAGAAGCAAUUCUUAUUCUGGGGAGUUUUGCGCAUUUCUUUAUUGCACCUUUGUUUAAAGACCAUAUGCUAUGUCUGGGCAUGGACAUGGACAUGGACACGGACACGGGUGUUGUGAAGAUGAUCAUGAACCUGCUGAACGUGGGGUGGAGUAUGGAUUGUACACACGCAUUGACAUAGAAAAGCUGCAGUGUCUCAAUGAGAGCCGAGAUGGAGACGGUAAACUGGUGUUCAAACCAUGGGAUCAGCGCACAGAUAGGGAAAAGUUUGUAGAGAGUGACGCUGAUGAGGAACUCCUGUUCAAUAUCCCGUUUACAGGAAGUGUAAAGCUGAAGGGGAUUAUCCUUUCUGGAGAAGAUGAUGCCUCCCACCCAGCUGAAAUAAGACUGUACAAGAACAUACCGCAGAUGUCAUUUGAUGAUAUAAGCAGAGAGCCAGACCAAGCAUUUCGUCUUAACAGGGAUCCACUGGCUGAACUUGAGUAUCCAACUAAGAUUGCACGCUUUUCUAACGUCCAGCACUUAUCUAUUCAUAUUCCUCGAAACUUUGGAGCUGAUUCUACUCGUGUGUACUACAUUGGACUUCGGGGAGAAUAUGCUCAGGCUCACAGACAUGAAGUGACCAUCUGUAACUAUGAGGCAGCAGCAAAUCCAGCAGAUCAUAAAUUGGAAGCUAUUACUCCACAGACACACUUCAUUUCAUGAUGAAUCAUAUGAGCUUGAGUUGUCUGAGUUGAGAACGAAUAGGUGUGGAUGAAUUUUGAUAAUAAUGAGAUAUUAAUUCCAUCACAGAUAUACUUUAAGAAUAGAAACAUGUUUGACAUGUUUUGAGUGGAAUGGUGAUUGCCCAUGAGCGUUUGUUCAGUUGAACCAGUUCACUUUUGUGUGCCAAUAAAUAUUCAUAAAUGAGGAA